AUGUCUGUCCGACUGCCCCGCGUCGUCCCCGAAGUGCGGCCGUUGGUGGGAGCCGAUGCAGACCGAGCUUGUCGCAGGCACAUCUACUGUGCUUCCAUUUCUGGAAAGGGCCCUGCCGCUGUGCCAAGCCAAGGACCCUCUGUGCAUUACUACUCGAAGCAUCUGGACACCCUGGGAACCCCGCGGAUCACGCGUGUCAUCAAGAAGCCAGGCUUGAAGCGUGCGCCCUCUGCCCUCAUGGGCAGUGCCCCAACAGGGCGUGGGGAGUACCCGGUGCCUGUGGUGGGCUGUAACCCACGGAGGCCGCCCUCCAUGGCAAAUCUGCAGGCUGCAGCCAUUGAGCAGAUGAUGUUUGAGAAUGGCAAGUUGAGUGGACCCGCAGGCACACCGUCUUCUUUGCCCCCGAUCAAGGCUUCUGCUUGGCAGCAUAUACAGAAGCAUCACCCUCAAGUUGGUGGCAAAGAUCGGGCAUCCUUGGUCCGAAUACCCCAGUGGUCAGAAGGUGUCUCCAGACAGCGGGCAGCCUGA